UUCUGGUCUUCCAAAAUGGAGGACAGAAUGUUGCUCUCAUUGAUGGUCUUUUCCUCCCUCAUAGUACUAGCAGAAACUAGUGCUCAAAAGCAUGCUUUUGAAAUCUACAGCCUUCGUGUGGACAGCAAGGUCACAUCACGAUUUGCUCACACCGUCAUCACCAGCAAAGUUGUCAACCGAGCUAAUGAGUCCAGAGAGGCGACCUUUGAAGUGGAGUUACCCAAGACAGCCUUCAUCACCAACUUCUCCAUGUCCAUUGAUGGUAAAGUGUAUCCAGGAAUAAUAAAGGAGAAAGCUUCUGCUCAAAAGGAAUAUGAUGCUGCAGUCUCACAUGGGCAGAGUGCCGGCCUCGUCAAAAUCACAGGCAGAAAACUGGAGCAAUUUCAAGUGUCUGUCAACAUUGCAGCUGGUAGCAAAGUCACUUUUGAGCUGACCUACGAGGAGCUGCUGAAGCGUCAGCUGGGGAAGUUUGAGCUGCUGAUCAAGGUCCAACCCAAGCAGCUUGUUAAGCACUUCCAGAUCGAUGUGCACAUCUUUGAGCCCCAAGGCAUACGCUUCCUGGAGACAGACAGCACCUUCAUGACAAAUGAGUUGUCUCAGGCACUCACAAAAGUGCAGAGUGAAACCAAGGCUCAUAUUUUAUUUAAGCCAACUGUAGAUCAGCAGAGGGUAAAGCCUGAACUUGAUGAAACCCUCCUCAAUGGUGAUUUUAUUGUGCGUUAUGAUGUUGAGAGAGGUGCCACUGCUGGUGAUAUACAGAUUGUCAAUGGGUAUUUUGUGCAUUAUUUUGCACCUGUUGAAAUGCCAGUGUUUCCCAAAAAUGUCAUCUUUGUUAUAGACCGAAGUGGCUCCAUGGCAGGCAGAAAAAUUGAACAGACAAGGGAUGCACUGUUGAAGAUUUUGCAAGACCUCCGCCCAGAAGAUCACUUCAGCUUUAUCACCUUUAACAGCAAAGUGGUGGAGUGGAAGAGCUCUUUGCUGCAAGCCACUGCAGAGAACGUGGCAAGUGCUACAGGAUUCGUGCAAACACUUUCUGCUAGUGGAGGCACAGAUAUCAGUCAGGCCCUGCUGACUGCAGUGGGCAUGCUGGAUAAAGCUGAGGAGCUGCCAGAACGAAGUGUCUCCAUGAUUAUUUUGUUGACAGAUGGCCAGCCCACUUCUGGUGAGAACAAUGUGGAAGUAAUUCAAGAAAGCAUUCAGAAAGCAAUCAAGGGGAAAUAUGCUCUUUUCUGCCUUGGCUUUGGGUUUGAUGUCAGUUAUAAAUUCCUGGAGAAAAUGUCCCUAAGCAAUGGGGGAAUAGCACGUCGUAUAUAUGAAAAUGCUGAUGCAGCCUUGCAGCUCCAGGGAUUUUAUCAUGAGGUGGCUACCCCAAUAUUAAUGAAAAUUGAAAUGCAGUAUCCAGAAAAUGCUGUUGAAGGAUUAACCAAGAACAAUUUCAAGCUGUUUUUUGAAGGAUCUGAAAUUAUAGUAUCUGGAAAAAUUAGCAAUGAGCUUGAUCUUUUACCAGUAGAAAUUAAAGCUCAGACACAUACUAGUGACCUGACUCUUAAAGAAGAAGCAAAUGUCAAAGAAAAGGAGCAAAUAUUUCAAAAUCAAAGUUACAUCUUUGGAGAUUUCAUAGAGAGGCUGUGGGCUUACUUAACUAUUCAGCAGCUUCUGGAAAAAUCUGUUUCAGCACAAGAAGAAGACCAGAAGGCACUGGAGGCAGAAGCCUUAAAGCUGUCACUGCAGUACAGCUUUGUGACACCCCUCACUUCCAUGGUGGUCACCAAACCUGUUGGCCAUCAGCAGACAGAGAUAGCAAACAAACCCACUGAAGCAGAGAAUAAGAAGCCCAGCAGUUCUCCAACAAGAGAUGUUUCUAGACAGAGGAGUGCAAGACUUCGUGGUCAGUGGCGUCAUGAGCCUGAAUCUGGCAGCAUCAGGAAGCUGUCGUUCAAAGGUGUAUCAUUUGUCAGGCUAAUAGAAAAAAUGAGAACACCACCUCUUGCCAAUGAAUAUCCACAGCUUCUCUUGCAAUUGCCCAAACAAAACGAAAUAAUCUGCUUAAGUACUGAUGGAAAAACACAGCCCUCUGUCCACCUGCUGUCAGAUCCAGAGCAAGGGCUCACUGUGACAGGGAAACUUGGGGACAGAGAAAACCACUUUGAGUGGUUUGAAAUUACCUACAUGAAUCCCCCUGCACAAAUCCACAUCUCCAUGGAUGAGAUCACCAUAAGCCACAAUAACGAGACCACUCGGCUGCCAUGGAAGGAGUCAGCCACCUCUACCAUCCAGGGGCUGCAAGUCUCAGUGGAAAAGGAAAGGAGUUUUACAGCAUCAUUGUCUGAUACAGUCACAGUAAAAAUUUCCCUUAUAAAGUCUCCAUAUGGUUUCCUUGGGCUGUAUUUCUUGAACACCAACCAUUUUUCUGACAAAGUCAGUGGAGUUCUGGGUCAAUUUUAUUCAAAAGCACAAUUUGAGAAUAAUCCCAGCAUCAAUCAAAGAGCUGAUGAAAGACUCCUGAGCAUCUCUGGAUCUGAGCACAAAGCAACCAGGCAAUAUAAGAAAGAUUACAGGCUUGAGUCAACCAGUGAUCCUGUUUCCUGCUGGUCAAUAGAUCUAGCUUCCUAGAAAAGAGUACUCUGGGAAAGAAAACUGUGCAAAUGAUGCUCUUCCAAGUAUUUUUGAUACUUUCAUCAAGAAUACCACACAAUUAAAACCUUUCCUGUUACUAUAGACAAAUAUCACAAAUCUUUUAGCUCAACAUAAUUAUGCUUUUGAGAUGCAUAUGUGCUUGCUUGUUGCUUUAAAGUAGUUUCUAAUCCUCAGUGUGGUUAUGUUGUUGAGGUUUGUGCAAAUGAACCAAAUAAAACUGACAUUAUCAGCUCACAGUUUGAUAUGGACACAAGGACUUCAGUCUCUGAAUAAAAAUAAGUGGUGGCAUCACCCCAUCCAA